AGUCCCCCCCAUCGCACAAAGUCCAGAGAAGAGGCCGUUCUGAUUCUGACCCGAGUCGCAGGCUCGCAGCAUUUCCCCACGCGCACCCGAACAUGGCCGCUCCGACUUCCGCCGCCGCCGCUGCCGACACAGCCACCCCGCCUCCUCCACCGUCGGCAGAGCCCGCGGCUGCACCUGCACUGGAUCAGGUCUCUCAUCCUCCUCCCCCUCAGCCCGACGCACCUGCGCAACCCCCGGCGCCAGCGCCAGCCCCAGCCCCAGCCCCGAAAAAGCGGAAGCUGGAGGAGGCGGGGUUCCAUACCUCCGACUACUACAAGAUCCGCGCCGUCGUAGCCGACCUGCGUGUCCGCUUCGUCCAGGUUUACCAAGCUACCAAUUUCCGCAACACUGAUGCUGCGCGUGAGAUCCUGAAAGAAAUAAAGGGAGUCAUGGAACUAUCCAAGAAAAUGAGGCUCAAGCUUGGUGCUACACCUGACCCUGUGAAAUCAACAGAGAAGCCUUCAGCUGUACCUGUGAAGGAAGAGCCUGUGAAGCCAGCAGAGAAGCCUCAAGCUGGACCUGUGAAGGAUGAGCCUGUGAAACCAUUGGAGAAGCAUUCAGCUGAACAUGUGAAGGAUGAGCAUGCGAAACCAUUAGAGAAGCCUUCAGCCGAACCUGUGAAGGAUGAGCCUGCGAAACCAUUAGAGAAGCCUUCAGCUGAACCUAUGAAGGAUGAGCCUCUGAAACCCACCGGGCCAGCUCCAGCUGGAGAAAAUAAUCAAGUUCCCGGGGUAGGUCAGGCUACGAUUUCUCCUAAUAACGCAGGUGUUGAUUCAGCAGUCAAGAAUGAUAACUCAGAUGCGCAGCAGUGAAGACAUAGUGGAGACCCAACCCAGUGAGAUGGCGGAUCACCCAUAGCUGCUGGACGAAAAUGCAGAGCGACUGGUGGAUCCCCCUACCAGCUUGAGUUGUCUUGCCUCUCCUGGAGAUAAUUUAGUAUGUAUGUGCUAACCUAAGAAGAGGGAUAAGGACAUCGAGAUGCAAAUUAUAUUGCGGUGCUCACAUUCAUUCUUUCUGUAAUGUGUUGCCCAUGAAUAAUUUAUUCGUCAAAUUGUAGCUGUGUAGCCGGAUCAUACAUUAAAUUGUGCUGUUGCUAAGUAUUGGCCAA